GAAGUGCACCGUACAAGUAAUUGCAAUAGACGUCGAAUUUCAACCUUAAAACAGAAACCGUCUUAAAAAACUGUUUAUAGAGGUGACUACCAUAUUAGUCAGCAAUAAUGUCGCGCUUGAACUCGAAAGAGUGCAUUAAUAUAGACAAUAUCUCCACUUCAGAUCGUCAAGAUUUGAAGAGUAAGAAUCGCGUCAGUGAGAGAGACAGAGUCAGAGACCGCUACGAAGAGCUAGAAGGGUCCACCACCACCCGUCCGCUUGGGUCGUCUGGAGGAAGGUACAGCGCGGGAUCCGGUGACAGGGCGUCAUCAGAAAGGGCACGCCGUUCCCACCAUCAUGCUUCAUCUUCGAAUAAAAGAAGGUCGACUGAGGAUGCUAGAAAUGAGCGACACGAUAGGAGGGAUAGUCGCCAUGGUAACCACCGGAGAUCAGAAAGGAAGAACUGGCAUGAUGACAAGGACGUGAAGUACUCUCAAUCUCAAAAAUCAGAUCAGAAUGACAGGAGGUCUCACCGUUGGUCUAGUGACAGAGUCAGAGGAUGGGACAAAGACGUCAUCAAGAAAGGAUCCUUCACCCUGGAUAAUAAGGAGUAUCCCUCUCUCAGCAGUGAUGAUCAAAGUAGCAACUGCACCCCUACACGACACCCAGAGAAAUACCGGAAGGUGUCUGAAUCGAGUACAGACUGGGCCGUCCAGGUGGAGGAGUUCGAGGAGGAGGAGGCCCGUGCCAAGAGGGAUCUUCAUCAGUACAGGAGGAAGCUGGACCUCUGGUCCGGAUCUGGAUCCUGCAGCAGCGAAGAACAGCAGGAGAACAAGAAAACUUCAAAGAAAGAGACUCCGAUGGAGGAGGAUCGAGAUGUUCUCAUUCGUAGACAGAAGCAGAUCGACUUUGGCAAGAACACAGCAGCUUAUGAUAACUACCUCCAUAAAGUCAAGAGAAGGAACAGACUGAAGGGCAAGCACCCUUACACACCCAACAAGUUUCAGGUGACUAGCCGUCGUUCAUGGGACAAACAGAUCCGACUGUGGAGGAUCAAGCUUCACGAGCAUGACCCCCCUGAACUCAUGAACAUCAAGACUGCAAAGGCAAAGCAAGCUAUGAUUUACGAUGACAGCUCUUCCCAAGCAUCCUCAGAAUGUGAAGUAAAGAUGGAGAAUGAGUUGAUGAAUACAUCCAUCAGCUCCGGAAUCAGUGACUGCUAUCUCGCCAGCAACGAGAGCAGCCGACGUUGCACACCCACCACAGAGCUAGAAGCUAUGGAGACCAGAGCCAGCACAGCAAAUAGUGAGAGUUAUCGAGAGUUUGAGGGUGACGAAGACAACACCUUGACAGGCUUCCCAGAGAUGUCUUCCUCCAUGGUGAAGAUUCCUACCCCGACUGCCACUCCCGUUGAACCCAACAACUACCCCUCCUCUCCCCCUCUCAACACCAAUGACCUUGUAACGGCACUGCAGAGGGUCGCAGUGACCCAGCAGUCGUACUUCCCGAAUAAUCACACCACCACAAACCCUCUCUGCGUGUCGUCCAACAUGCCAAACAACAAUAUGUUCCAGGUUGUCGGAAGCACCACCUGCUCGCGCCCUCAGCCGUCUAUCUCUUCUCCUCAGGAGCAACUGCACAAGCCAAACAUUUUUGACGAGUUCAAUCUGGAUCAGUGUUUCCUCAAGGAUGAGGAACUCAUCUUAUAAGUGGCUUGAACAGUCAGUCUCAUUCCAGUCUUGAGAUCUAUGUGGAUUCUUAUUUGUGGAAGAUCUACUAUUUUGUAUAAAUUACAUGUAAUAUUUAUGCAAGUACGUGUGGGUGCUUCAUAAAACAAGAUGGACAAACAGAAACAAUACAAAUGAAGCAUGUCAACUUGAUCAUUCUGAAAGAGUUUGUGGGUUAAAGAAUGAUGAGUUCAAGCUAUUACUUUAAAGUUUUCCAUUUUCCAAGCAUGGAUACUAAUCUGGUUGAAAUGCAACACAUGACAGCAUUGAGAGGACAUUACUUUGAAGACUAUAUAUAAUUUUAUUACCAAACAAACAUGUGGUGCAUCUAGUGGACCUCUCGAGAGUAAUCGAUUUUGCUUGGGAGUAAAGAAACCAGUGAACAAAUUAAAAAGGAUUAUUUUCUUUACCCUAUUAAUGUUCAGUCCAAGGAUAGAGAC